AUGGCCAAAGAAAAGCCCACAGAUCCCGAAAAGGAGGCUAAGAAGCUGGCCAAAGCAGAGAAAAAAGCCAAGCGCUCAGAAACGAACGGCGUCCACAAAUCCAAAUCAGACAAAAAGGAGAAGAAAGAGAAGAAAACGGCAGCUGCAACGUCAGAUGCAGAAGUUACAACCAAGCUCCUAAAUACCGUCGAAGAGACCAAGCCUGGCAGUGUGGCUGUCAAGGAAGAAAAUGGAGAUGUGAAGGUCAAGGUGAAAAUGGAACCCUUGCUCGGAGCAUUGGUGCCGUUUGCAAAUCCAUUGGCGGAUGAGAAAGCUGGUAAAAAGGUGCUGAAGAGUGUUAAAAAAGCAACGAAGAACAAAUCUCUGAAGCGCGGCGUCAAAGAAGUCGUCAAAUCUCUCCGCAAAUCCAGUACUGCCGCCGCCACCGCAGGAAGCGGUGACCCUCCCGCCAUUGUUAUACUCGCAGCCGACAUUUCACCCAUGGAUGUCAUAUCGCAUAUCCCGGUCCUUUGCGAAGACCAUGGCGUGCCGUACAUCUAUGUGACGUCGAGGGCGGAGCUGGGCGCGGCUGCUAGUACGAGCAGGCCGACAAGUGUGGUCAUGCUUACGCAGGAGGCAGUGGGGAAGAAGAAGGGGGGUGAGGAGAAGGGGGGCGAGGAGGAAUUCAAGGAGGUGUAUAGGGACUUGGUGAAGAUUGUGUUGAAGGCUUCGAGGGAUGUUAGGAUAUGA